AUGGGGGUGAGGCAUGCCAUAAAGAGCAAGAGAGUGGCCAAUGUCUGGGACAGAAAGAAGACAAGAGUAAAAAGCCCGGAAAAUGCCUCGAGCACCGGUGAGAACCCAAGAAAUACCGAGGACUUUCUGCUGAACCACACUCUCAGACCGCCAUACAACAUUAUUCUUGACACAAACUUCAUCAAUGACUGUAUAAGGAAGAAAUACGACAUCAGGGAGCAGCUGAUGAAAGCAGUAAAUGCAAGCAUCAAGAUAUGCAUUCCAGACUGUGUAAUUGGGGAGCUGGAAAGCCUGGGGAGGCCUUUCCGCGUUGCACUUGCAUCGAUAAGAGACAGCGACGUCCAGAGGCUCGAGUGUGAUCACAAGGGAACCUAUGCAGACGACUGCAUCUUCAACAGGGUCUCUGCACACCGGUGCUACAUCGUUGCAACCUCGGAUGUGGCGCUAAAGCAAAGGAUAAAGGCAAUCCCCGGGGUUCCACUGAUAACAUACAGGGGGCAAAGAUGCUUCAUUGAGCGAUUUAUUCCUGCGACGCUCUAG